GCUACUUCUAAUUGGAUUCCCGAGGGGGCUUUCAUGCGACACCCACUCUGUCGCAUUACUGUCAACAUCUCCGGUGCAAGGCAUUUAUACUUCGCUAGGCCCAAACCUUUUCCCCCUUUGCCCGUAUCCUUCAAUUCAAUCUCCAUGAUCUGUCUGUCUGUCUGUCUCUUCUUCAUCGUCCAGCAACGCACAACGCUGCCUGAUAGAAGAUGCGGUACAUUAUGAUGCCAGUGUACACGCGGCCUGCACGUCUUCGCGAAUAAUUAGUCCAGCUCCUUUACGAGCG